UUUACCCUCUCCUCACGCGAUGGGGUCAAAGUUGAACGACCUAUUGGGCGUAUACCACUUACUGGGUAUAUAAUCAUGGACUUGUGUGCUGCUGUGUAGACUGGAAUUUGAACGUUUUAAGACACAAGAAGCGGACGACAUCUCUAAACCCCAUCAUCGAGAUCAGGAUCUUAGCAACAGUUUGACACCAUGAAGACCGGAGUCAGCCUGUGGGACGUUGCUGUCGGCUUGUCGGUGCCCGUCGGGGUCUACCUGCUGUUUGUAGUCGCCAAUUUCCUCAGGAAGUACUUCCGUGACAUCCGUACCGCACUGCAGUUUCCCUGCCCCCCCUUCCACUGGCUGUAUGGCAACUUUCAUCUGGUUGGUGACCAGUUUGGUGACAAGUACCUGUCGAUGAUCCGUGACACAGUGGAGAAGAACCCCCGUAGUCACGUUCUCUGGAUGCCUGGCUUCUUCCCCAUGAUCAAUCUGACUCAUCCAGUCCCUGUCAAGCAGCUUCUGAAGGCUCAAACCAAGAAGUCCGAAAUUGACUAUGAACCGAUCAAGCCAUGGCUGGGUAACGGCCUGGUCAUGAGUGAGGGUGCCAUAUGGAAGGUGCACCGCCGCCUCCUUACCCCUGCGUUUCAUUUCGACAUUCUCAAACAGUACGUCAGUGUCUACAAUACAGCGGCUGGAGAGAUGAUCGAGAAGCUUUCGGAGUACGGUGGGAAAGAGGAAAGUUUUGAGGUGUUUCAGCAGGCAAGCCUCACUACCAUGGAGGUGAUUCUACAGUGUGCCUUCUCUGGGGGUGGGAUGACAGAACAGACCAAGAAUGAGUAUCUAGGCGCAGUCCAGAAGAUCGGGGACUUAGUCACUGAGGCCUACUUCAACACAGUGUAUACAAUGUUUCCAUCCAUCUACCGCAUGUCCCCGGGGGGACGCGAGUUCCUUCGCCUGUGUGACUUCGUUCAUGACGUUGCAUAUUCCAUCAUCAAGAAAAGGAGGGAAGAACUGGAGCGCGACCCUGAGAUCCUAGCGGAGAAGAAGAGGCUGGAUUUUAUCGACAUCUUGCUGACGGCUCGAGACGAGGACGGAAGGGGUCUGACUGAUCAGGAGAUCAGGGAACAGGUGGACACCUUCCUGUUCGCAGGACAUGACACCACCUCCAGUACCCUGUGCUGGACCCUGUACUCCCUGGCACAACAUCCUCAGCACCAGGAGAAGGUACAGCAGGAGGUGGAGGAACUUCUGUCUGGAAGGGACGACGACACCAUCAAAUGGGAGGACCUGAACAAGCUGACGUACCUGACCAUGUGCGUGAAGGAAUCCCUGCGGCUGCACGGUACUGUUCCCCUCAUCUCCCGCACCACCACCGAGGACACCGUGAUCGACGGAAUCCCCAUCCCGAAGGACACCUACGUGGGGAUUAACAUCUACGCACUGAACCACAACCCUGAUGUCUGGGGACCCGAUCAUAUGGAGUUUGACCCGAAUCGUUUCCAACCUGACCGUAUCAAGGAGAUGGACUCUCAUGCUUUCAUGCCGUUCUCUGCAGGACCAAGGAACUGCAUUGGACAAGCCUUUGCCCUAAAUGAGGAGAAGGUGCUUUUGGCUCGCCUUCUAAACAAGUUCACCUUUGAACUUGACCCCACCCACCCUGUGGUGAAGGACUUCUCCACCGUUUUGAAGACCAAGGACGGAAUGUGGAUGAAGGUCAAGACCAGAGAGACAGUUGGCUAACUGUCCUCAAUUAUGAUAUGACAGCAUAAGAAAAGCUAACUCGUUAAAACGUUCAGCUGUCCACAUCUUUAUUUGUAUAGAGGGUAUGACCACUCUUUGGCAUAAAGCACCAGCUUUGCAGGCAUGCAACAACUUUUUAUAUUACACUGAACAACUUGUCACACCUAAGCUGUUUAAAGCAUAGUGAUCAGGACGAUUCUGUAGUGCUCAGUGGCAAUGAGUUCCAUGAAUUCAACGAGUGACAGCUUGCUUUCCUAUUAAAACACUUUGAUAUUAUAUGAUAAUUAUUAUAUACAAUUGGUUAUGUUGUACUUAGAAUAUGAAAGAAUGUUUGCCUCUUAAUUUUAAAGCAAAGUAUUUUGUACUAUCAUAGCAGAAUUUACAGGACGGUGAUCAUGGAAACCUUUUUAAUUAGACUGAAACUACAUGUAGUUUGAUAUAAUGCACAGUAUUUGGUUUGUUCACAAGUUGCAUGCUUACUAUGAAAUACACUUAUAAGAAUGUAUAUCUGAAUAUUGUACAAAGUGCAAUGGAUGACCUAAGAAAUACAUAUUUAGAUCUUGCACAAUCUAUUGAUUAGUGAAUCUAAAUGCGUUGAGAACUUAUUUGAUUUUGAACUUUGAAACCUGCAUUAAGUUUCUUACCAACCAUAAUUUUGAUCAACGCCAUUAAAGAUUUACUAGCUUUGCACUUUUA